UGACUCCAGCCGUGAAUCCGGAACCGCUACACUCUCGCAUCAUUAGAAGACGAAGGAAACUAAUUUCUAAAUCUCUUUAAAAAUGGGUCUCACAUUCAACAUCAAGGCUAUCUUCACUCUCAGCGGCGCCCUCAAACUCGUAGAAAUUAUCCUGGCCUUCAUCUGCAUCGCCCUCCUGCGCCAGUACGACCUGCACUUCGGCGCCGAGUCGUGGCACAACGCCCAGUCCCUCGUCGACCGCAAACUCGUGGGCGUGAUCGCUAUCGGCUCCUCGAUCCUUAUCUCCCUGCCGUUGCUCAUUGCCUACAUCUUCUUCGCCCAUGCGUCAAACCUCCUGGAGGUCCUCUACUGCUUCACGGCCUGCGUGAUGAACGUGGCCGGCGGGGCCAUGGCCAUCGAGAACUACCAGGGCCAGGGAGACAGCGAGACCGUCAAAGCAGGAAUGGCCAUGGGGUCCCUCAUGAUCAUCAACGCUUUGGCCUACCUCAUCGACGCCGGCACAGGAACCAUCGCCAACAGGAAUGCAUGAGUUGCAUUCCGGAAGUUGCAACACCCACCUCCUCCUCCUCCCCCCCCUCCCUUUUACACCUGCCUGCAUGCAUGCUUUCCUUGCACUUGAACGACAACGGAGCAUGUUUGACUAAGGGAGACGCCGGGAGCUGAAGCGUUUGGAAUUCCGAACGCCUUUUGAAUUGGAUUUUUUUUUUAAAUUAGGGACUGUGUCGUUUGUUUUUUUUAUUUUACUUUAUUUUAGAGAGAGAGAGUGUGUGUGUAAAAGAUACAAAAAAAAAGGAACUUUUUUAUUUAACGAUGUCAAGUUGACAGAUUGGGUCGCCUAUAGCAUGAUCUGUCCUUGCAUGUUUUAAAGGCAUGUCUCCUUCAGUUAAAUAACUUUCUCGUUAAAAAUCUUGCCACAAAAACAAAAUUCCCCUUUUUAUGGUCUUUAUCCCUGAUAAUGCAUGGAUAUAAAUUCCGAUUUUAAUCUGAUAGAAGUUCCAUAUGAUAAGGUUUUGUCACCAAACUUGAAUACAUAGUUACACAAAUAGUUUCAUUAAUAAAUAGGUUAUGGACAUUGAUGAUCAAAAUAACAUUAAUGACGAAAUUACACUGCCAUUCAAAUUUACAAUAUGUAGUUAUUAAAUAUAAUAUUACAACGAUAGAGCGAUCUAUUUCAUCUCUGUCAGUAAAGUAAGGAGAAUAUUAGGAAUUAGUAAUUUAAUCGUAGCGUUAUUUUCACUGCCUUUUCGACUCCUAAACCAAUGAAUAUAUUUUUUUUUAAUGACCAAAAAUAAAUAAAUAAAUAUUUGGUUGGUGUAUUUUAUUUACUCUGAUGUCAUAUUGUACCGUGUGUGUGUUUUUUUUUACUGAAAAAGCCUGGAGCUAUUAUUAAAAUCUUUCUCUUGGUGGUCACGUUGCACGUACUUGUAAUAAAUUCAAAGUAAGAAUUUUGCACUGUAUUUUAGAGGGAAACUGUACUUGCUUUUUGACGUUAAGAAACACAAGUUCUAACUGAAAAUAUUUAGUUUGAACCUUAUAGCAUUUUCCCCCCUUUUCGACGGCAACUACUGACAAGAUUCUUCGGAUUUUCGGAAAGCUUGUAAAAUAAAAUAGUUUCCCGCUAAAAAUACAACAUUACUGCAAGCCUUAAAUGCCCGUUUUCAUUUUCAUCAAAUUAUUUCUCAUCUUCGUCAGCUUUUUUUUUUUUAUUAUUGUUUGUUUGUGAAUCGUUCUAAAUGUCGACUUUGUGUUUUGUUGUCUUGUCUGUCUGUGCUAAAUUCCCUCAUUGUUUUACGUGCCGAGAUGGCAUGUACGUUUAUCCAAAAAGUACAGGGAUAACGUACGUACAGCCUUUGCUUCCAUGGCCUGCAUAAACUCUCCAUUACUUUAUUUAUGUAGUUAACCAAAGCCAUUCAGGUGAUAUUGUGCCUCUUGGGUUAACAGAUAGAGAAAAAGAGUCUCCAACAAGUAAAUAAGAAAUACGGUUUACGUUAUAUAUAUGUAUAUAUAUAUAUAUAUAUAUAUAUAUAUAUAUAUAUAUAUAUAUAUAUAUAUAUAUAUAUAUAUAUAUAUACACGUAUGUAUGUAUGUAUGUAUGUACACAUAUAGUUGAUGAGUUAUGGAGUCAAGUUUCCUAUCACAGCUUACAGUAUAGCAAAGUGUGCUGAUCUAUAGCUUACAGUCAUUUUAUUUUUGUACAUGUAUGUGAAAAAAAAAGAUGUAGCAAUUUCCAAUAGUAUAUAUGUAGGAAUAAUCACCAAAGUGAAAUAGAUAUAUAAAUGGUUAAUUUUUUGAACCGAUCACAGAGAAAUACAUAUGGAACACAAUACAAAAUCUCUGGUAUUUGUAAACGUUUUUUGUAUAUCUUCUGUUCUGACCAAAGAGAGCAGACAUGUCAUGCUUCUUUAUGUUUCUGGAGAUUUUUUUUCUUUUUUGUCCAAUAAAAAAGUAACUGUAAUAGAA